AUGGAACCGCAGCACGUGCGCCCCGCGAGUGGCGCCCGCAGCCCGACCUGGGAGGAACCGGAGUCGGAGAGGAUGGCAGGGGCCAGUGGCCAGCACCACCCUCCGGGUGCCGCGGGAGGAGCAGCUGCCGGGACUGGCACUGUGGUCACCCCCUCCGCUGCUUCAGCGGGGCCCGGAGAGGAUUCGUCUGACAGCGAAGUAGAGCAAGAGGGACCCCAGAAACUGAUCCGAAAAGUGUCCACCUCGGGGCAGAUCCGGACCAAGACCAGUAUCAAAGAAGGACAGCUAUUGAAGCAAACCAGUUCUUUCCAAAGAUGGAAAAAGCGUUACUUCAAACUUCGAGGCCGGACACUUUAUUAUGCAAAGGACUCCAAGUCUCUGAUAUUUGACGAAGUUGACCUCUCAGAUGCCAGUGUAGCUGAAGCAAGCACAAAAAAUGCUAACAACAGCUUCACGAUAAUUACUCCAUUCAGAAGGCUAAUGCUAUGUGCCGAGAACAGAAAAGAGAUGGAGGAUUGGAUCAGUUCCCUGAAGUCUGUACAAACCAGAGAGUCUUAUGAGGUGGCCCAGUUUAACGUGGAACAUUUCUCAGGGAUGCAUAACUGGUACGCCUGCUCCCAUGCCCGCCCCACCUUCUGUAACGUAUGCAGAGAAAGUCUUUCUGGAGUUACCUCCCAUGGCCUGUCCUGUGAAGUGUGUAAAUUCAAGGCUCACAAAAGAUGUGCAGUGAGGGCAACUAAUAACUGUAAAUGGACAACCCUGGCCUCCAUUGGAAAGGACAUCAUAGAGGACGAAGACGGACUCGCUAUGCCUCACCAAUGGCUUGAGGGCAACUUGCCCGUGAGUGCCAAGUGUGCUGUCUGUGACAAAACGUGUGGCAGUGUUCUCCGUCUACAGGAUUGGAAAUGUCUUUGGUGUAAAACAAUGGUACAUACUGCCUGCAAAGAUUAUUAUUUUCCUGUAUGUCCACUUGGCCAAUGCAAAGUAUCUAUCAUACCUCCAAUUGCACUAAAUAGCACUGAUUCUGAUGGUUUCUGUAGAGCAACAUUUUCAUUCUGUGUUAGUCCUUUAUUGGUUUUUGUCAAUUCUAAGAGUGGAGAUAAUCAGGGAGUCAAGUUUCUUCGUCGUUUUAAACAAUUGCUAAAUCCGGCUCAGGUGUUUGAUUUAAUGAACGGAGGUCCUCAUUUGGGUUUAAGAUUAUUUCAGAAGUUUGACAAUUUCCGGAUUCUUGUCUGCGGAGGAGAUGGAAGUGUAGGUUGGGUUUUGUCAGAAAUCGAUAAGCUCAACUUGAAUAAACAGUGUCAGCUGGGAGUAUUACCCUUGGGAACAGGCAAUGACCUGGCUCGAGUUCUUGGCUGGGGAGGUUCAUAUGACGAUGACACUCAACUUCCUCAGAUACUAGAGAAGCUGGAACGAGCCAGUACCAAAAUGCUAGACAGGUGGAGUAUAAUGACAUAUGAACUCAAAUUGCCACCAAAGGCUUCUCUACUUCCAGGACCUCCAGAAGCACCUGAAGAAUUUUAUAUGACGAUUUAUGAAGACUCCGUUGCAGCUCAUCUUACAAAAAUCCUCAAUUCUGAUGAACAAACGGUGAUUGUAUCAUCUGCCAAGAUAUUAUGUGAAACCGUAAAGGACUUCGUUGCCAAAGUAGAGAAGGCAUAUGACAGAUCAUUGGAAAAUGCAGUUGUAGCGGACGCCGUGGCCAGUAAAUGUUCAGUCCUAAAUGAGAAGCUUGAACAACUGCUACAAGUUUUGCACACAGAGCCCCAGCCUGAUCCUGUCCUCUCCGCUGUCAGCCCUGUCGUCAUAGAAGAAGAUGCUGUGGAAUCUUCAAGUGAAGAAUCCCUGGGCGAAUGCAAGGACCAGCUCUCAGAUGACAUUACAAAGCCUUCCUCACAAGGAGCCAUCAAACCCAGGGAAAUAAUGUUGCGGGCAAACAGUUUAAAGAAAGCAGUGAGACAAGUCAUUGAAGAAGCCGGAAAAGUUAUGGAUGAGCAGAUGGUUCAUUCCUGUGAACCAGUUAAUCAAUUAUCUGACUGCAACAAUACAGAAAUAAGUGAAUCUACUGAUGAUGAUACCAAAGAGUUGUUAACUGUUAAAACUUCACCUCAGUCUCCAGAUGCCAGGGCAUGUCGUGGCAAUUCUCAACCUGAUUCUGUCCCUGGUCCAGCUGUCACAGCCACCAAAGAAAACCUCCCUGUGCUCAAUACUAGAAUAAUCUGCCCAGGUUUAAGAGCAGGACUAGCUGCUUCAAUUGCUGGGAGUUCCAUUAUCAACAAAAUGUUACUAGCAAAUAUCGAUCCUUUUGGUGCAACGCCAUUUAUUGACCCAGAUCUAGAUUCAGUAGAUGGAUAUUCAGAAAAAUGUGUCAUGAACAAUUACUUUGGGAUUGGAUUGGAUGCAAAAAUUUCAUUAGAAUUUAAUAAUAAGAGAGAGGAGCACCCUGAAAAAUACAGGAGCCGAACUAAAAACUUGAUGUGGUAUGGAGUCCUUGGGACCCGGGAAUUAUUACAGAGAUCAUACAAAAAUUUAGAACAAAGAGUUCAACUUGAGUGCGAUGGGCAGUAUAUUCCUCUCCCCAGUUUGCAAGGCAUAGCAGUGUUAAACAUCCCUAGCUAUGCAGGAGGCACUAACUUCUGGGGUGGAACCAAAGAGGAUGAUAUAUUUACUGCACCAUCAUUUGAUGACAAGAUCUUGGAAGUUGUUGCAAUAUUUGAUAGCAUGCAAAUGGCAGUUUCAAGGGUCAUUAAGCUGCAGCAUCAUCGAAUAGCCCAGUGCCGCACAGUAAAAAUCACCAUAUUUGGUGAUGAGGGAGUUCCAGUGCAGGUGGAUGGUGAAGCAUGGGUCCAGCCUCCAGGGAUUAUCAAAAUUGUGCACAAAAACAGAGCUCAGAUGCUAACAAGGGACAGAGCCUUUGAAAGCACUCUAAAAUCUUGGGAAGAUAAACAGAAGUGCGACACUGGUAAAACAGUUCUUCGAACCCAUUUGUUCAUCCAACAUGCCGUUGACCUGGCAACAGAAGAGGUGUCGCAGAUGCAGCUGUGCUCCCAGGCUGCAGAAGAGCUUAUUACUAGGAUUUGUGACGCAGCCACAAUUCACUGUCUUCUGGAACAAGAACUGGCCCAUGCGGUGAAUGCAUGCUCACAUGCACUGAAUAAAGCCAACCCAAGGUGCCCGGAGAAUCUUACAAGAGAUACUGCCACUGAAAUAGCCAUCAAUGUGAAGGCGUUGUAUAAUGAAACAGAAUCUUUGCUAGUUGGGAGGGUUCCUUUGCAGUUGGAAUCUCCACAUGAAGAACGGGUGGCUAGUGCCUUACAUUCUGUGGAGGUGGAGUUACAGAAAUUAACAGAGAUCCCCUGGCUUUAUUACAUCUUACACCCCAAUGAAGAGGAGGAGCCUCCAAUGGAUUGCACCAAAAGGAACAACAGAAGCACAGUAUUUCGUAUAGUGCCAAAGUUUAAAAAGGAAAAAGUUCAAAAGCAGAAGACAAGUACUCAGCCUGUUCAGAAAUGGGGCACUGAGGAAGUUGCUGCUUGGCUGGAUCUGCUCAAUUUGGGAGAGUACAAAGAAAUCUUCAUCCGUCAUGACAUCAGAGGGGCUGAACUUUUGCAUCUGGAAAGGCGAGAUCUUAAGGACCUGGGGAUACCGAAAGUGGGCCAUGUGAAGCGAAUUCUGCAGGGAAUUAAAGAGCUUGGAAGGAUCACUUCCCAGUCUGAGGUGUAAUAUUGGUGCUAUUCCUUGGAAGAGAAGUAAUUGCUACUCAAUACAAAGUUCUUGGAAGCAAUUGGCUGUUCUUGUAGUUUUCUGCAUAGAUAAGUAAGCACCACUGAAGCACCUCUAUGGCUUGAUAUUUUAUUAUGGGUGAAAUUUUUGAUUUGAGGUUUUAGAAAAUAUUUUUGUGCCAAAAAUACAUUCCAUUAAGCCAUUUUCUUAUUGUGCAAACCUGAUAUGUUCAAAUAUGCUCAUAGUUGGAAAAAAGUAGGAGGCAUCCGAGAUAGCUACAUUGUCUAAAAGUGGAAUUGCUACUCACUUACUUUCCUUAGAUCUGGUCUGAUAGAGGGUUCUUACUGUGCAAUCACAUAAAGGUGUGUGGCUAAAACUUCUUGGGUUUCAUUGUUGGAGGAAUUGGCUUCUUUCUUCAAAUCAUUGGUUAGGAGACAAAGAUAUACAUUAAGUUGUGUUUUGAAUGUUAGAUUGGUAUUACCAUAGGUUCAAAGCAUUCACUGGUCAAAGAAUAUGGUUAAACCAACCUAUCAAAUACUACAAAUAAUGCAGAUCUUAAUGCACGGAGUUCCUGCCUGGAUUGUCUUUCUUUUUCUUGCAUGUCAUAUUGUAACACUUUGGUAGCCUUAAUCUCAGUUUUAGUGGAAUUUGAUUUAUGACUACCCAAGUACCUUUUUAUUGGUUAAGGGACUGAAAUUUUCUGUUCUAUAACGUGGAAUUUUAUAUAAAUAUUCUAUACCUAAGA